UCUUAAAGCUUACCCUCUCCUACACUUAAAAGAUUCGUAUAAAGGCAAAAAACUUCCCCAAAACGGGGCAAAAUCGAGCCUAAAAAACUUUUUCUCUGAAUGGUUACAUGAAGAAUUUCCAGAAAAACGCUCAGUGAGUGAGUAAGUGUUGAAUCGGAAUAUAAGCGUGUAACCGAGUAAUAAGUCUGUUAACAGAGGUGUCCUUAUAUUCACCAAGUCGUCCAUGGUUGGUUAAAAAGGGGUGAAUAAGUUUGUAAUGUGUAGUGAUAUUCAUUCGUGGUCUGGUGGUAAAGCAUGUAUGCAUGCACAUAAAAUAAGUGAGAUGCAUACAUGUACAGUACAUACUGGAUGCACUGCCUGACUUCUUGAUGAUGAGAUGAAUAGUCUCGAAGAAAACAAGUCAGUCGACAAUCCAGUGUGUUGGAUGGAUCAUUACAAAAGCUUCAUUCUCGAACUUCACAAUCUGGACGGAUCCGGCUUAGAAUUCUUUACUUUAAUACACGUUACUACAUUACGACACCCUUUAACUUAACCAGUUUUCGUUGGUCGGUUAAGUUUUUAAACAUCAUCAUUUUUUAACAUAAAUGGUCAAAUUAUUUUUUUUAAAGACGCUCUAAAAUUCAUGAUAAACUACCACAAGUCAUAAGUGGUUGUUGGUUAAUGUAAAGUAACGUAAAGUGUAAAAUAUUUUACAUGUUUGUUCAACUGCAUGGUAGACCAGAGGACCAGAUGUGUUUUUGUUUGUAAAGUAGGGAGAGAAAAAGAUACAGAAUGUUUUGGAAAUUUACACCAAAUGCAACAAAGUGAACCAACCUUAUUUAUUUUUUUUAAGGGGGGAAGAAUUCGGCAAGAAUUUUGGUUUUAGUGUGGUUUGGUUUUAAAACAUGUUCGUUUGAUCGCUAAGUUUUGUGCUGUGGGUUUAUCUUCAAGACGGAAUUUUUGUGUGGAAGACUCUGUAAAAAAGGUGCAUGGUCGCGUUGUUUAUGAAAAAAUUUUACGUGGCGUGGCGAGUGAUUAGACAAUCAUUUAGCGAAAAAACCAUCAAGUCGACCGCAUUUAUAAGGCUCGACAUUGACUGACUGCCCUAACCUUACAUUUUACGUAUUUGCAUAUUUACAUACAUACCUGUUCCCUCCUCGUGUUAAGUAAUCUUAUAAAUUCGAGUUUGGAUAGUUUUUAUCGGCACAAAUAGCUUACCUAUUCGUUUCGUUUCGUCUGACCCCGAAAACUUUUCGUUUUUGGUGAACUCAACCACAUUCUUUGUUGAAGAAUUGUGUAAACUAUGUGCUGUACGUAAUAAAAGAUAAACUGUGCUGUGGAAUAGUUCUUUUUCCAGGGAAGAAUUAUAUAAGUCUGGUUGGGAUAAAGUGAGUUCAAGAAUUUGGAAGGAAUUCGCAUUAAUUUUUCUCAACUUUAUGACUCAAACCUUUCAGAAGGAAGAAUAAGAACAUUCAGCAAAAUUAAAGCGUGUCACGCGAAUAAAGAAGUCGUCACUGGUGUAAAUCCUACCAGGAAUUCUCAUUAAGUUCUAAAAUACUGAUCCCGCAUCAUUUUUUGGACUACUUUUUCGCGAGGAGGAAUUUCGAUAAGGAAUCGACACAUUUUUGUGAUAACCAGACCACAAGCAGAGAGAAAGGUCAGCUUUCCGGAAAUCCAAUCCAGGUCAGACCAAAGGUUCCCACAACCCUGAAUUUCUUCUUCACCACCACGAUAACCUCAUCACACUAAAAAGAGAAAGUCAGACGUGGAGGAGAAAGCAGUAAUUUUAACAAAGUGGAACCACCAUGAACUAAGAGCUUAGCAGUUCCCCUCAUAAAUAAAUAAUUCUUCAAAAAAAUACGCUCCCCCCCUUGUCCAGAAAGUGAUGUAAUGUAAUUCUAAAACAGUUUUAGGAAUGUGAGUGAAAGUGAAAGUGAACUCGCAAACAGACAUUUAUAAUAUUCGGAGAAAGCAGCCGCGGAAAGAAGUUUAUUGGAAAGAAUUGUACAGUGGAAAUGGUGAGAUAUGAGGAACAAUGAGCAUCAACUUGGUGGUCGUGAUGGAGAAAGUGGGGAUGCGACCAAGCUGAAAAAGAAAGCUAGCUCUCAUAAAAGAAUUUGGCACCCGCACUCUGAAAGUUGUUGUGCUGGUGCCAUAAUGAAAUCGCCGCCAUUGUCAGGGCCGCCACCAUCCCCAGUGAAAUUCCCACUUGGCAGAGGAGGAGGAGGAGGAAUGCUGCCGAGAUCAUUAACAUCUUGGCGGACUUUAUGGCCCGGACUGGUCGUGGUUGCCUUUCUAUUGGUUUUUUGUUUGGGCAGUGUGGGAGGCACGGAAGACUGGACGUUACAAUGUCCCACGGGCUGCAAGUGUACGUGGGUGUCGGGGAAGAAAACUGCAGAUUGCCGAGGUUCUCACUGGACCUCGAUCCCUUCUGGGUUGAGUGCAGAAGUACAAGUGCUUGAAAUGGGUGGGAUUACAAUAAAAUAUUUACCGAAGGACGCGUUCAAACAAGUUGGGCUUGUUAAUCUACAAAAAGUGUUUCUACAGAAUUGUCGGAUCGAACGAAUCGAUCGCGAUGCUUUUCGUGACUUGACGAUUAUGAUAGAAUUAGAUUUGAGUGGUAAUCUCGUAUCUGGAAUCGAGAUGGAAACUUUUGAGUCGAAUGUAAGACUGCGUGAGUUGAAGUUAUCGAAGAAUCCUUUAACAAAGUUGACUGGAUCCUCAUUUCCGCCGCUAAUGUACCUUAAGCUACUCGACCUAUCAGAUUGCCAAUUGUCCACCCUGCCGAAGAAGGCGUUUGAAAAAUUGAGCGUUUUAGAAAGUCUCUCCUUAUCCGGGAAUCGCUUCACUUAUCUUUCCAGAGAGCUACUCAAACCCCUGACUAAAUUAAAAAGUUUACAACUCGCCGGAAACCCGUGGAAGUGUGAUUGUCGUCUUAAAACCCUGCGCGAUUGGGUUAUCCAGAAAAACUUGUUCCAACAUCACACCCGAUGUGCGGAACCUGCAAUUGUCUCAAAUUUCGCGUGGGAUCAACUUGUUUCACUUGAUUUUUCUUGUAGACCGGAAAUUGUUAGCGUACAAAUUAACGGGAAGCCUACGGAUGCUCUCCUCGUGCAUACCGAUAUUGGAAGCGACAUAACGCUCCAGUGUCUCGUACGGGGAAAUCCUCCCCCCGACCUCAAGUGGGUCAGAGACGGUCAAGUGCUGACCAAUAACUCACGCUCUUACGGGAAAUCAUACUACCUUCACAUUGGCGGAGAGGAAGGGUGGGAAUUGGAGGAUCCAUACUCGAAUACGGACGACUAUCGGGGCCGGUGGGUAAAUUUGACGAUACAGAAAACGGAUCCAGAGGAUGCGGGGGAAUACACGUGUGUCGGAAGCAAUUCGGGAGGCGUGGUGGAGAAAAAUCUCACACUCAAUUUUCAAGAUGUGCCUUCCGGAGCUGGAGUUGGUCACGGAUUAGGUGGACUUGCCGCUGGAGCUUAUCGAGACACGGGAUGGAUCUGGAUUCUCAUCACUACCCUCGCCGUUCUCGUAUUUGCCACCACGCUGAUCACUCUCGUCUGCUUUUGUUCGCGGAGAAGACGCGUGAAAACAACCAGAGCACAAGAUCUCAAGGGCGAAGACCAGCCGAACCAACGCCAACUCCUCCUGACGCCUUCAUCCCGAAGUCCGGGUUCCGGAAAAGUUGGUGACGAAGAUGGAACCACGAUGCUCUUAAUGAAAGAAAAAUAUCUUGUCGGACCGGAUGCGCGAUCCCAAUCGGUGGAUAUCAUCACUUCGUCCCCCUACCCGGGUGAAAACGGGUCCGUCUACCGCCCCUCCUCCGCUCAGAUGAUGGCCCCACCCCCGCCGUCACACGCGCUGACCGGCGGACCUCACGGGGGCGGCCCGUCCUCCGAAUAUCCCGACUUGUUGGACCUUCCUCACACCCGAUUUCAAGAAUCCCCGGCACCCUCGACGACAUCAACGCUGCCCGAUUCUACCCGGAUGUUGAUAACGCCGCAAGGAUUAAACCCGUCAAUCGUCGUAAAUCCCAGCCGUCUCGGGUAUAAUCACCCGCAAGCGAUAUAUUCAAAUGGGGGUGGCGGCCGCCCCUCGUUCGGACUUCCCUUUUCUCCCGCGGAACAACCCGCCUUCGUCCCGGCGGGGAUGCGACCCGGGUAUGUGACGCUGCCAAGACGACACAGAGUUCCGAGUUGGUCGCCCGGUCCGUCGUCCAACUUUGACCCAGCUUCUAGUCCAAUGGGGCCUCCAAGUCCGACCGGUUCCGCGGCCACGAUUUCCCUCCCGUUUGUGAAGGCGAGACCGAAAUAUGAUAAUUUAGGACCGAGAACAACGGCGGAUGGGAGUUCGAGACUUUCCCUGGAUAAUUUACCGGGUAAUGGUGGCACCUCGACGCCCAAUUUUCACCCGCAUCCGGGUUUAAUCGGGGGAACUUUGGGGCGCCACAAUGUCCUCAGGUCAACCCCCACGCCAUCCAUGUUAGGCCAACCGAUCUCCCACUUUGCUCCGAUUCAGGAGGUGGAACACAUCUCUUCGCCGGUGGAGGUGGACAAUGAUGAGGAAGCACCGAUAAGCACACCCUCUGAUAAGCAUAAACCCAGCACUAAGACUGAUAGGACUCCGACGCCGAGCGGCAGUAGGGGAUCUAGUCCCACGAAGGGGAAGAAAGUUCCACCCAAACCGCCUCCAAAGCCGGUGAAGAAAAAUGUAAAUGCAAAUCCUGCAGAAAUUUCAAAUGGGGUCGUCACUACUACACCCCCCGAAAAAAUUAAUGAUCCCUCAACCGCAAUUGCGGGCGAUGAUGGGACAGAAGUUUAAAAUUUACAUUAUUUUAUUUUUUUGGAGUUUUAUAGUUUAGUAAAAUUUUAUAGAAAGACUUUCUCUCACGCAGAUUUACAUAUUUUGCCCUGUUGUUACUUAAUUUUAGAAAUUUUUAUUUGUUAAUAUAUUAACGAAGAAAGCAUAAUUUUUGUCGUAGAUUGAGUUUUUUUGUAAAGAGCUGAGAGAGAUUGAUUGUAUGUAAACACGCAUAUUAUUAUUAUUAUUUAGAAGAGCUGCCAAACUGUAAUAAUUAUUCGAUUUACGGUAUAUUUUAUCAACUUUAUUCUAUAUUUAAUUACUUAAUUUGGAAAAGAAACUUCAGCGUGCCAUCAAAAUACAAGAGUGGAAAAGUUUUUCGAUAAAGUUCAAUUUCAUAAAAACGUGACUAAUACGACAAUUUGAUAUCAUGUAAAAUAAAUAAGAAUACAUAUAUUACACAAUUUAAUAAAAUACAUAGAAAUACCAUGUGCUACACUUUAUGAUAACACAUAAUCUUGAUAAGCAAAAAAAAUCAAGCGUUACUAAAUACUGACAUAAGGAAUGUUUUGUCUUAUCCAUGUUAGUUUGUACGCAUUUACAUAAUGCGUUCAUAAGUCUCUUAAUCAAACUUUUAUACAUGCUACAUACAUCAAUAUAAUAAAAAUGCAAAUUAAAUAAAUUAUUAUAUGUACAAUUUCUAAAUAUUUACAUAAUAAUUAAUUAAAGGAAAGGGUUUUCUAGCAGAUAAUCCUUUACAUUGUGAUUCACUACUAAAUAAAAAAUGUAUGUAUAUAAAAUAAAAAUCUCCUGAAGAAUAUUAAGUACAUAUUAUAUUAUAGAUAGAUCAAAUAAUUAAAAUAUUAGGUACGAAAACGUUGUAAUUACAUUUAACCCUAGUUUUAAAUAUUUAAGAAUGUAUGUACAAUUACUUAUGAACGAUUUUUGACUCACUCCUCCUCUCACACACUGACAAAUCUUUAAAUUAUUAUUGACAUUUAUGUAUGUAUUGUUAGAGUAAAAAUCACCUAUUUCAUGAAAUAAAUGAGUUUACAUACAAAAUAAA